AUGAACUUUGGCCCCGGCUACGGAGUGAACUACGACACUGGUGCUGGUACGGCUUCGUUCGGCCCCCAGCACGGCCUGCCCUCGGCGUCUAAUGACACUGUAGCAGAACCCACCACCGACAACUACAGCCACUUGUUCGAGAGCCCGACCAUAGUGGCCAAUAACCCGCCGGCCAACGCCUUCCACCAGCAGAGCUCGUCGGUGGGCUUUGCUGUCGACAGCAGCGCGGCACACGACAUCUCCAAUGCAGCUCAGAUAGUGGUGCAAGCCGCCGGACAGGGACAAUACCCCUGUCCGGCCUGUGGGAAGCAGUUCCCCAGAAAAUGCGACCUCAACAAGCACUUCAAAACCCAUAGCCGCCGCUUCAAGUGCGAGUAUCCGACAUGUACUUAUAGCGAGCAGGGCUUCCCUACUCAAAAGGAGCUCGAGCGGCACAUCAAUGACAAGCACAACCCGAACCGCAAGGUCUUCGCCUGUCCUUACCAGUCGUGCCCCUACAAGUCGCCGCGCGAGUCCAACUUGAAAGCCCACAUGGAAAAGGCUCACAACUACCACUACAUCCGCACGAGGUCCAGGAGGUCUUAUCGAUGCCCCUUCGAGGGCUGCAGCGCUUGCAUGAACGAGGAGGAUACCAGGCAAAGACACGGACAACACGCUCAGGUGCAGUCUGCGAUGACGAGCCCCAUGUAUCCCCGGUACACGCGGGGUGACUUCAUCCUGUACCCGGAAAUGCAAAACCCAAACAUGCUGGCCUACUCACAACCUCAGGCUGGUGUCCUGGGCCAGGGCGGUACUCAGCAGCCGCCUGCAACACCAGACUCUUACCUACCCUGGACCUCUCCGGCAACGCGACUGCAGAACGUCGAGAACAACAUCCAGAGGGUCGACGAUACCAUCCGACCGGAGCAGCAGCAUGGCGUUUUGAUGAGCCCGUUCCCACUCGACCCUCAGCUCUUCCAGGCCCCCAUGGCCAGCACACCCGUCACGCCGACCUACACACCAACUGCCACCGAGCAGCCUUCCACGAUCUUUGCCGCCCCUGCGUACGCCAGAGUCGCGGCAUCUAGGCCGAUGCCGGCCAUGCCGGUCAAGGUUCCUUGGACUGGCUCCUUGGAUCACAUGGAAGCCAAGGGCCAGAUCGACAUGGCUGCGCGGCCGGCCCAGCCCAGCAAACCUGCUUACUACCCAGGAGCCGCCGAGGCGCAGCAGGGGCCGGCGCAGGGCUAUGAGCAGCUGGCCGCUUCGCCUGAGCAGCCGGCGCUCAAGCUUGAGGAAUCCGACAACGACGAGUCGAGCCACGACGAGGACGAGCCGCCGCAGAAGAAGCCCAAGGCAUCCCACGGGGAUGAGGCGGACGACGACAAGGUCCCGUGCCCCUUUCGAGAGCACGAUCCGGUUCACUUCAGCAGAGACAACAACGAGAAGUUUUCUCCCUGUCACUCCAAGCAUGAGAGCAUAGCCAGUCUUGUGCGCCAUCUGAAGAGGCCGGCUCAUCGGCUGCGGUCGGAUCGUAAAUACAUCUCCUCCUUUGACGUGGACGACGACGGCCAACGCUACCCGCGCGCGGGCCUCUGCAAGAGGUGCUGGAAGCCCUUCACGGACGGGCAGCUCUUCGACGAGCACCUCGGCCAGACCUGCACCAAGUCAUCGAGGGGGAAGAGGGAGAAGUACAACCUCUUGCGCGACACCUUUGUCACGGGCGCCGCCCGCCCGGUCUCCAACAGCCUAGAGGUGCCAUCGCCGGCCACCGGCUGGCAGGCAACAGCAGCAGCAACAGCCGACGAGUCCGAGGCUGCCGAGAACGAGCUUCUUCCUCAACAGACCACCGACACGAUCCACGUUGGCGCGGCGGCAAGGAACGCCACACCCUCGGCGGGUGCCGAAAUCAAAGAGAAGAGGUUCCAGGACCUGGAGCAAAAGCUUCUCGCCCUCACCCAGCGCGUCGCAGUCCUCGAAGAGGAAAGGCAGCACAACGGCAGCACAAUCGUGAUCCCGGACGCAGGGCUCCACCUCCCGCGGCAGUUCGGCGGCCUCACGGCGGCAGAGGCCGCGGCCUCCCUCGUCGCCCACACCGCGUCCAGCACGCCUCGGGCCUCGAUCAUCUCGUCGGUCAUCCCCAGCCAACCGGGCCCGCCAGCAGCAGCAACAGCAGGAGGAGACGAGCCGUCGUCGUCGAGACACUACCGCCCGCAGCGCCGCCAGAGCAUCGUCCUCUACGGCCCGUCGGCGUCGUCGUCGUCGUUGUCGUCGUCCAGACUGCUGCAGCGGGGCGACCUGGUCGGCGGCAUGGACAGCGUCCAGAUCGACGUGGAGCCCGAGGACUUCUUCACCGAGGCGGCGCGGACGCUGUCGGGCCUGUCGUCGAGCAGCGACCGGUCCUCGGUCGUGCGGCACGUCCCGCCCCCGACGCUGGACAGCGGGCCGGCGGCCCGGGAGUGCAGCCGCGGCGGCGGCGGCGGCGGCGGGGUCAGCGGCCAGGCCGUGGCGUCGGGCCCGGGGGCGCAGCAGCGCAAGAGGAGGAGGGCGGCCGGGGCGGGGGCGGGGGCGGGAGCGGCCAAGACCACCCCCUCGCCGCGGCGGCAGAAGGUGGCGCCCUCGCUGACGGACUCUGGGUACGUGAGCCGGUGGAGGAACGCGGGGACGACGGUCAAUGACGACGACGACGACGACGACGACGACGAUGGUGGUGAUGACCGCAUGAGCGAUGUGGAUGAGGAGAAAGGCGAUGACGAAGAGGACGGGGGAGAGGACGGGGGUGAGAAUGAGAAUGAGAAUGAUGUUGACGAGAGCGCGGGCCACGAGGCGCGCCAGGACGAGGGGGAGUAUCGGCUGUCGCAGUCUGAUUUCCACGGCACGACGCUGAUGAGUCCUGACCAGGUGGCGAGCAUGUUCCAGUGA